UCUGCCCCUCCUGGAAAGUGGGUCACACCACAGGGAGAUACAACAGAGACAAGUGAGGGUCUUGGAGGAAGGAAGAGGCAGGGACAGGAAGGAGAUGCCACCUAAGACCAAAGAAAAAGGGACAAAAGCUGGGGCCCAGAAGAAGAAAAGAAAUGCAGGUGCUGAUGUGGAGGCUGAAUCCAUGCACAGGCUGGCACUGCUGGAAAAGGAGGUGCUCCAAGACCGCCUGGCUCUGCAGAGGGAUGAAGCCCGCCGAGCCAAGGCUUCGGAAGACCAGCUGAAGCAGAGGAUCAAAGACCUGGAGGCUGAACUGGAGGGAGCCCGGAGCGAAGGGAAGGCCAUAUAUGCAGAGAUGAGUCAUCAGUGCCGGAGCCUGCAGGAGGCGAUGCAGACUCGCACCAGGAAGCUGGAGGAAGAAGUGAAGGGCCUGCGGGAGCAGUUAGAAUUGUGCCAGAGGGAGGCUGAGGCUGCCCAGAGGGAGGCCAAGCAGGCCCUCGGAGAGCGGGACCAGACUCUGGCUCAGCUUCGGGCCCACGUGGCAGACAUGGAGGCCAAGUAUGAGGAAAUCUUACAUGACAGCCUGGACCAGCUCCUGGCCAAGCUGAGAGCCGUGAAGCCUCAGUGGGACGGGGCUGUGCUGAGACUCCAUGCCAGGCUCAAGGAGCAGCUCCGCCAGUUUGGACUCAACCCCCUGGAUCUUUGAAGCCAUGAGUCUCUAGUCUCUGCGGCCCUCUGAGGCCCCAGCAAUAAAGCUGUCUUGAUGUAGACCUCA